AUGAGUUUACAUCUGGCGGUCUCACAAUUUUUUGAGGUGAGUUUUAAGGUGGUACUUACUAUACAAUUAUAUUAAAAAAUUUAGUGGGAAACUCGUGUCGUCACUAAAUGGCCAUUACUUUUCAUUUCAAUCCCGAUCAUCUUUACGGUGUCGAUCGUAGCACUGGCGGCGUACGAUCCACAAAUCAACACCUCCAAGCAGAGUUUGGAGAUGUUCCUACCGGAUCAAAUGGAAUCGUUGCUGCAUUUGCAUGAGGUAUUUAAUUUUGAACCAUAUUUUAAUUUACAGUGAAAAACUGUAUACCACAAACUUCCGUUUAGCAAAACUGGUUUAUAAAAAAUGUUGUUUUUGUCCAGGAAAAAACCUUUCAAUAACAAACGGAUUCGUUGUACAGAGGCUUGGCUUUCCUUUUUUUGACAAGUUUGCUGCUUUCAGUUAAUGAAAUUAUUUCCUCCUCGUAACGCUCUUCGCGACAGUUAUUCUUUAUUUGGCUCCAAAUUUGUUUAUGUUAUAUAUGAAGACACCACCGAGGAUGGGAAUAUCUUGACCGAGAAGAGGAUGAAGGAUAUUGCUGAUGUGCAUAAGAAUGUGAAAAAUGUUGUUACAGUAAGAAAUUAUUUGUUGACAAGCAAUGUUUUUUUAAAUUUAGGAUAAGUAUCUCAAAUAUUCUGACUUAUGCUACCGAGAAGAGCCAAAUGGAACGUGCUUGAUUCACCCAAUUUUGUAUGCAUUGGAGGAUUCUCAAGCUUUGUUGGCGACUCAAUUCUUAGCAAGGUGAGUGGCGAAUUGUUGAAACUCUCAACGAUGCUAUUAUAUUUUGACAAAAUUCAGCAAGUAGGAUUUUGAUGAAACUGAUAUACAGUGCUGGACAAAAUGAUAUGACCACCUCAAUUUUGCGCUGGCAAUUUGUCCAUUGUAAAUGAAUUGCUGUAAUAUUUGGUGAAAGUGAGUAUGGAGCAAUGUAACAUGUACACAAAAAGUAUCAAAGGAUUUCAAAAAGUGCAAGGUGAGUAAAAUUUGGAAAAACGUGAAACCGCCAAAAAAUCGGCUGGACAAAAUGAUAUGAACACGUGGUUUAAUUAAAUCUUUUACUAAUCAACACAAUUUAACAAACAAUCCUAGUAAUGAGUGAGUCCUCCACUGAUUACUAGGACUGGUAUGGGGACACGUUCGGCCAGGUUUAGACGGGUUUGAAGGCGUUAAACCAUGUUUGAUGCAGAGCUACCCAAACUGGUGAUUAUCUUCCAUUAACGCUCUCCAAAAGUUUUAAAUGACGUUUUUAUCAUGUGAUCUAGACGUGUAAUAUCCUGUACAAGCCUUCGCUUUUCGCACGAACUCCAUGGUGGUCUGGCAGUGCCGAUUCAGCAAACAUCCGGUUACCACGUCCAGCUUUGGCGACCCAUUUGCUAUUUGACCCUGGGGAUAGAUGUGCUCCUUAGGUUUAUAAUGCAACCCUGAGGCUCUUAGAAAGCUGAGAAACCAAGAAAAGUAACCGCUGAAACGAUCCCUGCCUUCCGGAUGCAACUUUGCCGACCUUCACCUUAAUCAGAAAACCCGAGUUUUUCAAAUGGAUUUUGAGCGAUGCAAAACGGCUUUCAUUCGAUGGCCUGUGUUAUUUUAGAAGCUACAGCACAUCUCAUGCAACCUGGGCCAUCAAAUGAACUGUUUUUUUGUCGCUAACGAUCCCUUUGAAAAACUUGGUUUUUCUGGUUAAGGGGCACAUCGGUGCAGUUGCAUCUGCAAAGCUGGGAUUGUUUCAGCGGUUACUUUUCUUGGUUUCUCAGCUUUCUAAGAGUCUCAGGGUUGCAUUAUAAACCUAAGGACCACAUCUAUCCCCAGGGUCAAGUAGCAAAUGGGUCGCCAAAGCUGGACAUGGUAACCGGAUGUUUUCUGAAUCCACACUACCAGACCACCAUGGAGUUCGUGCGAAAAGCGAAUGCUUGUACAAGUGAUUACACGUCUAGAUCACAUGAUAAAAACGUCAUUUAAAACUUUUGGAGAGCGUUAAUGGAAGAUAAUCACCAGUUUGGGUAGCUCUGCAUCAAACAUGGUUUAACGCCUUCAAACCCGUCUAAACCUGGCCGAACGUGUCCCCAUACCAGUCCUAGUAAUCAGUGGAGGACUCACUCAUUACUAGGAUUGUUUGUUAAAUUGUGUUGAUUAGUAAAAGAUUGAAUUAAACCACGUGUUCAUAUCAUUUUGUCCAGCCGAUUUUUGGCGGUUUCGCGUUUUUCCAAAUUUUACUCACCCUGCACUUUUUGAAAUCCUUUGAUACUUUUUGUGUACAUGUUACAUUGCUCCAUACUCACUUUCACCAAAUAUUACAGCAAUUCAUUUACAAUGGACAAAUUGCCAGCGCAAAAUUGAGGUGGUCAUAUCAUUUUGUCCAGCAGUGUAUGCAAAACCCUCUUUGCAGAAACGUCCGAAAUUUUUAGACCAAAAGUCGGCCAAAAUAUGACAUCUGUUGCAAAAUGAGCCAUGAAAGGUUUCAUGUCUAUGGUAAAGCAACUAAUUUUUUUAUUUUGUAGUCCUAUUGCCUUUAUUUUACAAGGAAAGUACUUUUAUGGGGGCUCCUACUUUUUGACGGGACAUAUCUCGAAAAAUCAGAAAAAAUGUGCUGAUCAAGAAUAUAUAGAUCUUAGCUGCCCAUUUUAGGUUUUUAGGGGUGAAAACUCAGUCGGAAGUUGACUUAAAGUCCUAUAUAAACCCCUUUUCGCUUAAUUUUUUCAAAGGUUUGCAAUUUUUAUUUUGGCUUAAAAUGGUGUUUAUUGAGUUUCUAAGACGUAAUAAGACAGUCUUGGCCCAAAAAUUUAUUUUUCCGACCUUCAACUUCAAAAAAGUUGAUUCAGCCCAAAAGGGAAACCGAACCUGUGCGGCGUCCCCCUCUUGAUUCCCAGACUACGGCACUAACCACUCGGCCACACCGCUCUCUUCCGAAGGAAGAGAUCGAGUGCUCUUUUUAUCGUUUCGAAUGUCUGCCUUUUGUAGGGAAAUUAAACCAGUUUUUGGGCAUUUUCACCCUUAAAAAACUAAAAUGGGCAGCUAAGAUUUAUAUAUCCUUGAUCAGCGCAUUUUUUCUGAUUUUUUGAGAUAUGUCCCGUCAAAAAGUAGGAGCCCCCAUAAAAGUACUUUCCUUGUUAAAUGGGUGUUUCUAGGCAUUGGGAGUGAAAAGUUAUGGCCAAAACGCGUUUUUGAUAGUCUUUCGCCUACUUCUAUUUCUUUUUUAUUUUCUUCACGUGAGUGAAAUAGACCCCUGAUUCUAGAGGCAUAAAACUUUUUUAAGGCCACAAACAAACUCUCUAAAAUUUAGACAGUAAUUUUGCUGACAAAAGACGUUUUAAUACUGUGAGUUGCCCUCUCAAAAACUCUGCCUUCACCAUUACGGUUAGGCCUCUUGAAACAUCUCUAAAGUCACCCUUUUUCUCUGCACAACUAUUACUAACAUAUUUCCCGAGUGUUUUACACAUUUCUUUCGCUCUCUGAAUCCCAAACUUCUUCUAUUCCCGACGCUGCUGGUCUCAGUUUUAGUCUACCCGUCUCUGUUUCCAUGUUUCAAACAGUUUCUCCGGCUGUUCGCCUUUCGCCUUGACACAGCGCCGCCGCGUUUUUUAUACGCGCGCUCCGCAAGUGUCCUUUGCACUUUUCUCGCCCAAACUUCGUUCCAUUGCACUCUUACCGAGGCGGAGUGUCCUUUAAAAUAAGAGUACAGAAGUCGCGGUUAAUAGUGCAUCGCCAAAAGUACAACGCCCGAUCUAAGAGUGCGGCGGAGAGUGCGGGGAAAGGACGGAUACAAAAAAAUGUUGGGCGAAGGAAUUGCGAGGAAGCAUUGUUAAUUUGGGGAGGGCGGAAAGGAGGGAAUACCAUAUGGAAAGAUGGAGAAAUUAAGAGGAAAGGAGAGGGAUAAUGCGUAAAUUUUUAGGGAGAGAAGUCAGAGAAAAUUGAUGUGAUAUUACGGUAGAUGAUAAGAGCUACAAAAGUACAGUAAAAGAGAAAUAGCUUCAAAAAAAUAAAACAAAGAAUGUCUGUCGGCAAAAUAAUGAGCACUCUGUCGCAUCGAAAAUCGUAUCGCCGAUGAGAAAAUGAAAUUUGUCGACACAUACUCAGAUUUCAUUUCGCCUCAGCGACGCGAUUGGCGCAGCGAUAUUCGCCCCAUUAUUUUCCGGGCAGACUGAUAAGAUCAAAAGUUUGCGAUCCUUUCAGACAGCCUCCGAGAUGACGUUUGUAGUAGAGCCCUCGUACAACGAACUCCCAUACAACGAAAUCUAAGAAAUUCUCUGUAUACAUAUACCAGGGAAUUUCUGAGAUCCCAAAAGUAUAUCGUAGGCCAAAAAAUGAACCUCCAAAAAAGAAGACUCUUCUAUAAAAAAUAGAUUUUAUGUAGGAUCACUUGUGAUUUUUUGUAGGUUUUACUGUAUAUUUAUUUGUUUUUUCAGUCUGUCGGGAAAUAAAGAGCACCAUGUCGUUGCUCGGAUAGUGUCGUUGAACAGCUUGAUUUUGCCGUGACAUAAUUCGUUUUCUCGGCGGCAAUGCGAUUUUGGAAGCGACAGAUUGCUCAUUAUUUUCCCGACAGACUGAUAUAGAAGCGUUAUUGGUAACGUUAUUUCCGUUUUUUAGCUCUUCUUCCUUGAUGUGAGCUGUACAGAAUCUUCUUUAAUCCGAUAACACUGUCAAAAUUAUCGAUUACGAAUGACUAACAAACCAAUUGUCUUCUUGUGUUUUAUGCCUGAAACUUCUCAACUGUUUCCUCGUUCCGAAGCCCGUUGCCCUUCGCCCUCCUUGUUUCGUAUUGUUCUCUCGCCUUCUUCUAAUCUCGUUUCCCCCAUCGCCCCUGUCUGCAAUGAAAAAAUUCGUUUUUUAUACACUCGCACUUUUCGCAUGCACUUUUAAAACCGCCGUCUGCACUUUUAGUCGCGACUUUGUACUUUUACAUAAGAGUGCAAACGUUUCGAUAAGAGUGCAUGCACUAGGAUAAAAGGGCAAGAUUAGGGUGCGACCAAAAAAAGGGAGAAGGCGUGUGCAAAAAAACGCGGCGAGAACGAAAAAAAUGUUUCAAAAAUAGAAAACGGAAGGCGUUCGAAAGUGCAGGAAAACGAUUCAAUUGAUCUUCGGAGAGGCGGGGCAAACAUUGGGGGCUAUAAAAGCGGCGAGGAAUGUGGCGACGAGCUGAUGUUCAACGUUUUUUAGAUAACUAGAAGAAAGUUUCUCAAAAAAUUUCUCGGGGCUUAUAAACUUGCGUGUUCAGAAGAUAGGUCGCGAUCACACCGGUAUAAAACGGCCAGUGGCAUAAACAACGACUGUAUAGGGUUAGCAGCACUUCCUAAAGCAUUAACAAAAAUUUCGGGAAUUGUAAAAGUUCUCGCAGCGGAAAAAAUCCAGAAAAUCCGUCAUCCGAAUUGCGGAUUGCAAUAGCUCGGAACCUAAUUUUUUAUGCGUACUGUAGGAAGUGCUCCUAGCCAAAUACAGCCACUGUUUAUACCGCUGCCACCUUCUAGACGGGUGUCAUCAUGACAUAUUUUCUGGACACACGAAGAUUUGUAAAUCCCGAGCCAUAUACGUGUAAAAACUGCAGAUUCAAAAAACAACAAUUUAUCGAAAGUUAUUAUAUUUAAUACAAUACCACGGCAACCCGACGUAUUUUUUGGAUCUUUUACACGAUAUGUCGAUUAAGUAUCCAUUGAAAUCAAACCAACGUCACAAAAGAAUGUUUCGUGGGGGGUUUUCAGUGGAAAACGUUUUUCUCGAAAUUCUUUUUUUUUGUCAAUUGUGACACUUCGUUUGGACGAAACUCCAAAGCGGGCGGGGCAUGUUUCGUCAACUUCAGGUUGCCAUGCAAAGGGAUCCUAAAAAUUUCUUAGUUCUUUGCGAUUUGUUGCACAUUUGUUCUGCUCCAUGAGCUCAGUGAAUUUUGCAACCAUUUUUCAGAUACCCAUUCAUCAAAAUCUCAAAUGCUACGAUCGACAAUGCCGUUGUGUUUGGUGGUGUUACCUUAUCCAAUAAAACCGCCGAUAAAUACGGGAAUCGGCCGAUCGAAAGAGCUCGAGCAGUUAGAUUGGUUUACGUUUUGUCUCCGGUAAACGAAGCGGACGAAUGGAUAAAUCAGUUUAUAAAGGCAAUGCGAAACUUGCAGUAUGAAGACGCGAACAUAUUUUUUACAAGUUCGAAAGCAUUGCCCGACGAAAUGCAACGGAAUGGAGAGGUAAAUAAUGGUUGAAAUGGAAUAAAAAUUCGGUAAACAUCAAAGAACAAAAAACCUCUGUACAACAAACUUUUAUGCAACAAAAACGGCAUGUAACAAAAAAUUUCAGAGGCUAUAAAGGCAAAUAUUAGGCAGAAAUAAGCAUCCUUACAACAAAGGCUUUCCAAAACAAAAAAAUUUUUUUUGAUCAAUUACAUUUCGCUGUAUGGAGGUUACACUGUACUUUAUUGCAGCUCUUAAUCCCCUGGAUGCCGUGGAUGGUAACAAUUUUGAUUAUUUUCUGCGCCUUGAUUUGCUUCACAUCUGAUUGCAUCCGCUCUCAGCCAUUCAUUGGAUUAUCAGCCAUGUUCAACGCCUUUCUAGCGGUUUGUGCCGCAAUUGCAACUCUAAUCUACGUGCAGUAUCCAUUCCUGCACAUGAUACUGAUCAUGCCGUUUUUGAUUAUCUGUAAGUCAUCGUCUAAUGCCUUGGUUUGGAAGCUUAGACAUGCAACAAAUAUACAUAUGAUAAAAAGUCAAUGCCCUUUUCAGCCAUUGGUGUUGACAACAUGUUUCUAAUGCUCAAGUCUUGGCGGCUGACUUGUGAUAGCUAUCAUGGUCGACUCUCCAAGGCUUCACAAAGCGACGAAGUUUUGGUCUAUUCUAUUACCGAGGUGUCUGUAUCGUUAAUGAUCACUUCUCUCACUGAUGGCUUCUCGUUUUUAGUUGGAAGUUUGUCAGAUUUCAUCGCAGUCCGUAAGUCCUUCCUAGUUCUAUUCAGCGGAAUCUCUGUACAAAGGACUUCCGUGGGAAAAAACCUGUCUAUUACAAACAGUUUUUAAGACCCCAAGGGUCAAUUUUAGGCCAUAAGAAACCUGCUUACAACAAAGAUUUUCUAAGGCGUUCUAUCGCUUUAAAUUCGUUAUAGAGGGGUUUUACUCUUUGUCACGUUGAUUUUCAGGCGUCUUCUGCGUCUACUGUUCCCUGGCCAUCUUAUACAUGUUCCUCUUCCAAAUCACCUUACUCACCGGACUAAUGGUACUUCAUGGUCGCCGAGAAGUUGUUCAACGACAUUGCCUAACCUUCCUCAAAUGCAAAUCUACUCCGUUGAAACAUGAGGAUGCGUAUAAACAAAUAGGAAACAGUAAAUACGACGAUGGACUUUAUACAGCCAUCAGUAAGAAGAAACAUGUCGAGCUUGAUCAUUUGGAGAGGAGUGAUGUUUGGAGCCGGCUGACGCGAUUUUAUCAAAAACCACAGGUCAAAUUCCUGGGAUUGGUUUGCUACAUUGGAUAUCUUGCAGUGGCGUUAAACUUUCUGCUACAGUUGCCAUUAGGUAAACAAGACUUUUUUAUGCGUACAAGGAAAGUGUUUGACUUUGGGCCAGCAUGAUGAGAAUUAUUAGUCAGUCGAGAAAAUAAUGUGGAUAUCGCCUGUAAUCGUUUUGCGACGGCAAGCCGCGACUAGGAAUUUGAUGCGCUUUUGCAACGGCAUUUUUUUGCGACAAAUCCACAUCAUUUUACCGACAGACUGAUAUGUCUUUGGUUACAAUGCAAAAUUUUAAGAAAAUCUGAAUGCCCCACCUCAAGGACAUCCCUUAUUAAACCAACGUAUCUUCAGGCCUCGACCUAAAACUUCUAACCCCUGACAACUCAUACGCCGCUCUCGAAAUCCGUGCCCAAGAGCGGCUAUUCGCUGACUACGGCGCCUUCUGUUUCGCUGUGAUCAAAACAAAAAAGUUGGAGCUCCACAAAAGCAGUGAACGUCAAAAACUGCUCAAAUUCUACAGUAUCCUAACAAAAGGAGGGCUGGUUUCGCCGGGCGAGUUUUGGCUAGAACAGUUCGCAAAUUUCACAGAAAAUGGCGAUUUCCACACCGAAAAGCUGUUCAUGAAGACGGUGAUCAAGUUCUUGGAGGAUGAGAGAUAUUCCAAGUACAGGUCGGACAUCAAAUUCGGAAAGGAUGGAAGUAUUGAGGCGAUCAAGAUGAUUAUGCGGAUACGGAAGCUGGGCGCUGAAAAUGAUCCGCCGAGAGCGGCGUGGAUGCGAAGGCUCUUCAAGAGUUCGCAUUACGAUGGAUUUGUUUAUGAUACCAGGUACGACAAAGCCGUAGAUGACCUAUCAGUCUGUCGGGAAAAUAAUGAGCACAAUGUUGCUGCGCCCAUCGUGUCGCUGAAGUGAAAAGAAAUUUGAUUUUGCCGCGACGCAAUUCAUUUUCUCGGCGGCGAUUCUUUUUUCGAUGCGACAGAAUGCUCAUUAUUUUUCCGACAGACUGAUAAUUACCCUAUAAUUGUAAUCUCUAACCUUCCAAAUUUUAGUUUCCUCCUGGUUGAUCAACAAGCCACAACCCUUCAAAAUGUCAUAGCCAAUGUUGCGAUAGCGGUUCUUGUUAUGCUUACCGUAGCGAUUCUCCUGAUCCCUCGACCGAUCUCAGCACUGGCAAUCGCUUUUUGCAUUAUUUCGAUUAAUGUCGGGGUUGUUGGAGGGCUUUCGGCGGUUGGAACAAGGCUUGAUAUCAUUUCUAUGAUCACAAUUGUAAUGAGUAUCGGGUUCUCGGUGGACUACGCUACGCAUAUCACCUUUCACUACCUGAUUUCACAAAAUGAUCGGCUAAAAGUGAGUUCACAAAGAGAUACAGAAACGGACCUGAUCCAAUGGCAAAAAAGCGUACCAUUUUGGAUCCGGGAAGCAUCAAAAAAGUAGCAAAAUACUUCCCUCUCCAAGUGUAAAAACUACAAUUUCAAAAGCUCUUUUUAUGAGUGAAAGGGCGCGCUCUUCAAAACGAAGCUUUUUAGUUGGAGAGGGAGGCAUUUUGACACAUUUUUUGAUACUUCCUGGAUGCAAAAUGGUACAUUUUUUCCAUUGGAUAAGGUGCGUCACUGUAUCUGAGUUCUCCACUGGACAUCAUUAACGACAUCUAACUUUAUUAUCAAUGUAAAUUUACGUAUUCCCCUUUCAGCAAGCCCUAGAAGUGGUUGCCUUUCCAAUCAUCCAAGCUGCCACCUCCACCUUGGUCGGUGUCGCGAUUCUUGGCGUAGUGCCGUCCUAUAUGAUACGGACAUUUGUUCUGACCGUCGUUUUUGUUGUGAUAAUUGGACUAGUCCAUGCAAUUUUCUUUUUACCGAUCUUGUUGGGUACUGUGGUCCCGGACAGUGAGUUCAUCCGGCCGUACGAAGCCGAGAAGCCGGUGUUCCAUUUUGAGGACCCGCAAGUCAUGGAGUUUCAAAAGGUCGGUUAUUUUGAAGAUUUUGGUGUCUCAGUCUGUCGGGAAAAUAAUGUAGGUUUGGCGUAG